CCUCGAUGGAUAAACCCCUCGAAUCGCCGACCCACCCUCGUCUUUGCAGAGCGGAGGGGAUAAGCCGGCGAUGGCUUCUCAUUAUCCGAUUUCGCCCGCUGCCUCCCGCUUCUCGAGUCCCUUUCCUCUUUUCGUUCCUUCGUUCCGCUCGCUAAGAACCAUUCUCUGGUGCCAACGAUUUAAAAAUCGCCUCUCUGUUUCCGUUCCGCUCGAGAACGCCCGUUUCAGAGUUCGGAGCUUGGAAUCGAACACCUCUCUUGGCGGUGAUGGUGAAGCAGCGGCUGAGGAAUCAGCAGUGACGCAAGAGGAUCUGGAGUCACAGCGGCUUUUCGAGAAGUUGAAGGGUUUGGAGCAGCAUCGUAUUGAUAAAUUGGAAAAGUUUGAGAAUAAAGCAAAUCUGCAAUUGGAGAGGCAGCUUGUCAUGGCUUCCUGCUGGAGUAGAGCAUUGCUGACUUUUCAGGGAAAAUUGAAGGGAACUGAAUGGGAUCCAGAGAACUCUCAUAGAAUUGAUUUUAGUGAAUUCUGGAAUCUACUCAAUUCGAACAAUGUCCAGUUCAUGGAGUACUCAAAUUUUGGCCAGACCAUCUCCGUAAUCUUGCCAUAUUACAGAGAUGGAAGGAGAGGGGAAAGAAAGGAAAACUCAAAUAGAGAAAUUGUGUAUCGCCGCCAUAUUGUUGACCAAAUGCCAGUUGAUGGGUGGAAUGAUGUUUGGAGUAAAUUGCACCAGCAACUUGUAAACGUUGAUGUUAUAAAUGUGGAUUCUGUAUCUGCUGAGGUCUAUGGUACCAUUGCAACUGCUGUUGUGUGGUCUAUGCGUUUGGCUCUUUCAAUUGCUAUUUACCUAUGGGUUGAUAGUGUGAUGAGACCAAUUUACGCCAAGUUAAUUCCAUGUGACUUGGGUCCACCUAUGAAGAAAGUAAGGAAGCCCCUUAAGAGUGAUACGCUAGGAUCUUUGGGCAAAAGUCGUGCAAAAUUCAUAUCUGCAGAAGAGACUACAGGUGUCACAUUUGAUGAUUUUGCGGGCCAGGAGUAUAUAAAGCUGGAAUUGCAAGAAAUUGUCCGAAUCCUCAAAAAUGAUAAAGAAUUUCAAGAUAAGGGUAUCUAUUGUCCUAAAGGUGUGCUUCUUCAUGGACCACCUGGAACAGGAAAAACACUGCUGGCUAAAGCUAUUGCAGGUGAAGCAGGACUUCCCUUCUUUGCAGCAAAUGGCACUGAUUUUGUUGAGAUGUUUGUAGGUGUUGCCGCAGCCCGUGUAAAAGAUCUAUUUUCUAGUGCUAGAUCAUAUGCUCCAUCAAUAAUAUUUAUUGAUGAGAUCGACGCAAUUGGCAGUAAACGUGGUGGGCCGGAUAUUGGUGGGGGUGGUGCUGAGAGGGAGCAGGGUUUGCUUCAGAUUUUGACUGAGAUGGAUGGAUUUAAGGAAUCGACAUCACAGAUUUUAGUUAUAGGUGCAACCAAUCGCUUGGAUAUCUUGGAUCCAGCCCUUCUGAGAAAGGGUCGCUUUGACAAGAUUAUAAGGGUUGGCUUGCCUACUAAAGACGGACGACUGGCCAUAUUGCAGGUGCAUGCUAGAAAUAAAUAUUUCAGAUCAGAAAUGGAAAAAAAUGUUCUCCUACAGGAAGUUGCUGAACUUACAGAAGAUUUUACUGGAGCAGAGUUGCAAAAUAUACUGAAUGAAGCUGGAAUUUUAACUGCAAGAAAAGAUCAAGACUACAUUGGAAGAGAAGAGCUAUUGGAGGCUUUAGAGAGGCAAAAAGGUACCUUUCAGACGGGUCAAGAAGACAGUGAGGAAAUGCCGGAGGAAUUAAAGCUUCGGUUAGCAUAUAGAGAAGCAGCUGUUGCUGUUCUUGCAUGUUUUUAUCCAGAUUCUCACUGUCCAUUUGUAGAGACUGAUAUCCGUUCCAUUCGUAGUAAGCCAAAUAUGCGUUACACUAAGGUUUCAGGAAAACCUUUCUUGAGGAAAUCUGAUUAUGUAAACUCUAUUGUGCGAGCUUGUGCACGUAAGUACCAUUUUGUAUUUUUUACUACUUGUUUAAGCAAGUUAUCUUUAAUUUAUUAUCUUUAUUUUAUUACGCUUCACAUCAAGGUUCUCCUUACCGGUCCGAAUCGGUGUCUUGGCUGAUGGUACAGUACGUAC